UAGGGUUUUAGUCUUACUUCACCUCCGUGCUCGAAAAACAAAAACACACUCUUCUCUCUCCCGCGGAUCGUGUGAUUGCUCUGAAACCGCCACAAGAAUGGGAGAAAGGAAGCGGAAGGAGAGAGGCGAAGGUAACAACCAAAGCCAGAAAUCGAAGAGAAAACCAAACGAUAAACGGAAGAAGAGAGGCCCUCGUUUGCCCUCAUCUCUGCAAAAACAGCUCGAAAGUUUAAACCCUCCCACUUCCUACGACAGCGUCGAUUCCGACGACGACAAUGAUGUAUACGAAUACGAGGAAGAACGUGCUGAGGAAGAGUCCACCAGGAAUAAGCGUUACGACCCUGCUUCCGUCAACGAUGACCUUUCUCAAGUGCUCGAGGAUGAGAAUGUGCAAUCUGAUGAUGAAAGUGAGGAUGAUGAUCACAUUGGGACAGAGAGGAAUGGUAACGCUAUGACUGACGAUUCUGGAGAGGAAGAUGACGGAAGGCAUGGAAGGAUGUUACAAGCAAUAACUGGUAUGCCGAGUGAGGCGUUUGAAGAGAACAAGAAGAAAAAAAAGAUGAUGGACAAUAUUAUACCAGAGCUGUAUCCAGAGUCUGAAUAUAAUCCUAGUCGCGAUGUUAUGGAUGGUGAUGGACGCAUUAGCAUAGAUGACCUACUGGAUUCUCUUCGUGAAAAACCUGGUUAUGGAAAACUUAGGAAGAGAUCAGAUCGAAUUAAUAAGAAUUCUAGAACUAUGCAUGCACCACUUUCAAAGGCAGUUCAAGCAAAGGUAGAGAGGAAGGCAGCAUAUGAAACAUCAAAGAAAGAUGUCACUAAGUGGCAGCCUAUUAUUCAGAGAAAUAGAGAGGCACAAACUAUUUUUUUUGAUGAAAAUGUAGACUUAGGGUUUUCAACUAUAGGAGCAAUAGCUUCCGAAUUUGAACCCAGAACUGAAUUUGAGAAGAAAAUAGCUGCACUAGUUCAUGAUGACAAAGUUAUGGAAGCUCAUAAACAGGAUGGAUCUAAGCUUCUAGAAAUGAACGAGGUCUCUGUUGAAGAUGAGAAAGAUAGGCAAAAUCGGAUUGCUAAAUUGCGGAGCCUUUGUUUUCGUCAUGAAAUGAAGGCAAAGCAUAUUAAAAAGAUAAAGUCCAGAACAUUUCAUCGUUUGUUGAAGAAAGAUAAAUUAAAGGCAGAAGCUUCUCAGAUACAAAUGGACCCUGAAGCUGCCGAGGAAUUUGCCAUGAAACGAGAGCGUCAAAGAGCAGAGGAACGCAUGACACUGAAGCACAAAAACAAGAAUCGGUGGGCUAAGCGUAUCCUACAGCGUGGUUUAAGUAGUCAGGAUGAAGGAACUCGCGCUGCCAUUGCUGAACAACUUCAAAAGCAUUCUGAUUUGACUAGAAAAAUGCAAACCAUGGAGGGUAGCAGCAGUAGCAGUGAAGAUACCAGUGAUGAGGAUGAUGAGAACUCUGCUGGUUCUGAUCAGGAUAGGACUCGCAAGGUUUUGGAAAAAGCGAAAGAAAAAACAAUGAAAGUGUUGGAUGAAGAGGAUGAAGUUCCCAAAUCAGGAUUGCUUUCUUUGCCUUUUAUGAGGCGCGGAUUGGAGAAAAAAAGAGAGGCAGUUGUUGAAGAAGCCAACCUUGCAUCCCAAGAAUAUGAAAAUCUGUUGAAUUCUGGUGGCUCAGAAGAUCCAAAAGUGGCUUCUACCAGUGGUAGAAGAGUAUUUGGAACAUCAAAAGCCCAGAUAUCUGAUACGAGUAAUAAGGGUAAAUCAGAUAACUUUUAUGGUGGCAGUGAUAGUGAGGAUGACUUGGGGACCAGCAAAAGUGGCAGCAUUGAGAAUGAGGGAAGUGGGCUUUUGCAUAAGGAUGUAAACAAUGAUUCAGUUGUAAUUCAAGAAGACACUGAUACUCACCAGGAAUCUGUAUUUAAGAACAUUGAUGAGAUUAUUAAGAAUCCUGGGCCAAAAACUACAUAUGAAGUUUCUAUAUUUGUGUCGGAUGCAUGGAAAAAGGCAAAAAACCAAAAUGAAGACAGAACUAUCAAGAAGUCUCCAAAGCUUAAUGGGCCUGUUAAGCAAAAUAUACAAGAUACUGAAAAGGAAUUUGGAGAGGAUAGUGAUACAGAUAGUGAAGGACAGAUGGUGGAUGGAAUUCUUUCUUCUGUUUCUAAAGUGUCGUAUGAACUUCCAUCUCAAGAGGAGCUCAUUCAGCAAGCUUUUGCUGGGGAUGAUGUAGAAGAUGAUUUUGAAAAAGAUAAGCAGGAGGUCCUCAACGAAGAAAAUCCUGAGCCAGAAAAGCCUCUAUUACUUCCUGGCUGGGGCCAGUGGACACAUAUACAGCAAAAAAAAGGUUUACCAUCUUGGAUGUUGAAAAAACAUGAAGAUGCCCGGAAGAAGAGGGAAGAAUCCCUCAAAAAGAGAAAGGAUGUUCAACUAAAAAAUGUGAUUAUAUCUGAAAAGAUAGAUAAGAAGGCUGAGAAACUACAUACUAAAUCAUUGCCAUACCCUUUUACUUCCAAAGAGGUAUUUGAACAAAGCAUGCGGGUGCCCAUCGGUCCUGAAUUUAAUCCAGCAACUGCAAUUGGUCCUCUUAACCGGCCUGAAGUGGUGAAGAGACCAGGUGUUAUUAUAAAACCAAUAGAGUUUGAAGAUGUAAAUCCUCAUGAGAAAACAGAGCAACGGAGCGGAGAUAAGCAAAAGUUGAAGAGAAAUAAAGGCAAUGAUGGUAAUCCCAAGAAAAAGGCGAAAGUGGGGGGAAAAAUUUAAUCGGCACGAGUUUUGGUUCUGAGGCAGUUCUAGAAAUUUUCAGUUCAGUUUUUGGAAAGACAAACUUUUCCAGAUUAAAAGAAGCCCAAGCGAGGUCAAGAGUUUACCAGUCUGGGGAGGCGGAAGUUUAUUGUAUUUGUAUGCAAGGGAAGAUAAUAGAAUUUUUGACAAAAAUAGUUUUUUUUUUGGGUUCCCCUUCUUAUCGUUGUAAGGUUAAAUUUAUCAUUUUUUAAAUAAUUUAAUGGCCCAAUUGAUAUAAAUAUGUUUACUCCUAAGGUGGUGGAAAUGAUAUAUUAUUUAUGUGACAUAUUUUUCUCUCUCUA